CAUAUGAAAAGACACUCAACUUCUUUGGGAAUCAGAAAAAUACAAAAGGACAAUAAGAUAUCCAAGUAUUGGUUAGGACAUGGAGCAAUGGGAACUGUCAAACCUCACUGGUGGGAGCUUGAAUUGGCUACUACUAUUCUGUAAACAUUUUAGCAUAUGUAAAGCUGAACAUGUAUAUUCCAUGACUCAGAAAUUCCAUACCUGGGAAUAUACUCUAGAAAAAUUUUUGCACAUAUGUACCAGAAGACAAUUACAAGAAUGUAUUAUCUUACUUGGUGGGGUCAAAAUGAGAAAUUAUUGUGAAAUGUUUAAUUAAGAAUCAUACAACAUAUUCAUCCAAAAUUGAUAUUUAUGGAACACAUAAAUAUUCUCUUCAUGGACUUUAUUCAUUAAUUGUUAAAUUCAUUAAUAAAUGUCAAUAAUAUCCUUUUGCAAAUGCAGAGAUAAAACACACCUGACAGGUCAAUUUUUGAUAUAUUAUGGAUGACUUUUUGUUCACACUGACAGGCAUAUAUACUUUAAUCACCAAAGACUAAACUGAGCAUUUAUGAAAGAAAAUCCUUUUUGAAGAUUAUUUUGAUUUAAUCAGGAUUAAAAGUAAAUAACACUUUUAUCCUUAUCAACUUUAAAUAAAAUAACUUUAGUUUUAAUAUCAUACUUAAUCAGAAAAUAUACAAAAGAAAACAAUAAGAAUAUGGAGAGCCUGGUGUCCUAUGGUCUUCCCUAAUAACAAUCCAUUUUCAAGAGACUAUAAUCUACUCAACAGAAAGCAUUCUACCAAGGAUCUUAAUCAGAUUCCGAGAAAAUUCGCACUCAAAAUAAACAAUAUGCCACUAAAACCAAAACAAUGUAGGUAUUAGCAGCUAUACAAGUGGUUAGCCUCUGAUGAGUCAUUUCUCCAAUGAUGAAAGUCUACAUCUUUGAAGUGCUUUCUAUUCAAGUUAGAAAAUAUAUAAAGGUAGGAAUCACCUACGAAGUAGGUUGACUGAGAAAUUUUUCUUCAUUUUACAGAUCCUUGCUUGACUCUAUGCAAACAUCAAACUAAGAAUGGCAAAAAUGAGUCUCUCUUCCUACCUAUUAAUACUAACUUUUUCUCUGUUUUCUCAAGGCAUUUUACUUUCAGCAUCCAAGUCCAUAAGAAAUUUAGAAGAUGACAUGGUAUUUAAUACAUUCCGGCUGGGGAAAGACUUUCAGAAGGAAGAUACUCCACAAAAAUCAGUUGUUGCUCCUUCUCUGGAACAAUAUAAAAAUGAUGAGAGCAGUUUCAUGAGUGAUGAGGAAAACAAAAAUUCAAAGAACACAGGCUCCAAACACAAUUUCUUAAAUCAUGGUCUGCCACUGAAUCUGGCUAUAAAACCUUAUCUUGCUCUAAAAGGAUCUGUAGCUUUUCCAGCCGAGAAUGGAAUUCAGAAUACUGAAUCAACACAAGAAAAGAGAGAAAUUGGGGAUGAAGAAAACUCAGCUAAAUUUCCUAUAGGAAGGAGAGAUUUUGACAUGCUCAGGUGCACUGGAAGAGUCUAUCGACCUUGUUGGCAAGUCUGAAACCUGUUGGACCACAUCAUCUUUUCUGAAGAAAACAAAAUCAUUUAAUUGUCUUUUGGGGAAAAAGCCCUUAACAUUACUAUGACGUAUUAUUUUAAAUGUCUGUCUUAAAAGAAAGCAGCUAUUAACAUAUAUCUGUAGCCUAAAUGAUAUGCUUUAUCUGUGCAUUAAACUUUGUGAAUAUUCUGCAUAAUUACGACUUACUAGUAUUUUGUAAAUGCUUAAUAUACUAACCUUAUAUACACUUCAGACCAAUAUAAUAAAGAAUCAUAACUUA